AUGGAGCCAGAGAACUACACAAAAGUUUCACAUUUUCUUCUCCUGGGAGUUUCAGAGGACCUCUUUGGACUUUUCCUCUCCACAUACCUGGUCACCGUGCUCGGGAAUCUGCUCACCAUCCUGGCAUCGUCUCGGACCCACCUGCUCAUGCCCACGUGCUCCUUCCUCUGCCACCUGUCCUUUGCGGAUGUCUGCUUUACCUCCACCACCGUCCCUAAGAUGCUGGUGAGCAUGCGGACGCAGAGUAAGGUCAUAAACUAUGAAGGCUGCAUCAUGCAGACAUACUUUUUCAUACUCUUUGGAGUGUUGGACAACUUCCUCCUCACCAUAAUGGCCCACGACCGCUUCGAGGCCAUCUGUUGUCCCUUGCAUUACCCUGUCGUCAUGAACCGACGGCUCUGCACGUUGUUGGUUCUGGCCUCCUGGGUCGCGAGUGCUUUGAAUUCACUGUUACAAAGCUUAAUGGCAUUGAGACUGUCCUUCUGCACAGACCCGGAGAUCCCACACUUUUUCUGUGAACUUAAUCAAGUGGUCCUGCUGGCCUGCUCCGACACCUUUCCCAAAGACAUGGUGAUGUAUUUUGCUGCAGGGUUACUGUUCUGUGGGCCCCUGGCCGGCAUCCUCUGCUCUUACUCCAAGAUCGUGUCCUCCAUCCGGACCAUCUCCUCGGCUCAGGGCAAGUACAAGGCCUUCUCCACCUGCGCGUCCCACCUGUCCGUCGUCUCCUUGUUUUACCUGCACGUGCUGGGGGUGUACCUCAGCUCCCCUGCCACACGCAGCUCCCGCUCCAGUGCAACAGCCUCGGUGGCGUACAGCGUGCUCACGCCCAUGCUGAACCCCUUCAUCGACAGCCUGAGGAAUAAGGACCCACUGGGAGCUCUGAUACCUCCUCUGGCACCUCCGCCUUCUGCCUGUAGCGAUGUCCCCGGCGAGGAUGCCCUGGAGAAGGGCCGUGGUGCUGCCCCUGCUCCGGUUCACCGGGGGCGGGCACCGUGGCUGGCCCCCACCUGUGCCCUGGGGUCCCGGGGAAAGAACACGUUUCUGCUCAUCAGCUGUUCCAUUCUGACUCAGAUACCUUCCCACUACAAGGAGGAGGAACUCCCGACAGAGAGACUCAAAUAUGACUGA